AUGCUAACGGAUACGCAGGACCCGUUUCGAUGGCUUCUAGACUCGCACUUCUGCUGGGUCCAGCCGCUGUUCAACUUCGUAUACAGACCAGCUUUCACUCGUGACAUGAAGUCGGGAGGACCCUACUUCUCCCAGGCCCUUUUGAACGCCGUCCUCUCCCACUCCGUCCGCUGGUGCCGCGGCGAACCCGGCAUGUCCGCCCUCCUAACUCCCUUCGAAAACGGCGCCAUCUUCGCCAAAAACGCCGUCCGAGACCUCUUUUCAGACGUGCAACACGGCCACAGCAAGAUCCCCACGGUGCAAGCCCUGCUCCUCCUCAGCGCGCAGCAGUGCGGCAGCGGGAACAGAACGCAAGCAUGGCUGUACAGCGGAAUGGCGUUUCGAUUGAUAGAUGACAUGGGCAUUUGUGUGGAUGGCAAGAAAUAUGCAAGUGCAGGCCAUCUCUCAGCGGAAGAUAUCGAGAUCCGGAAUCGGCUGUUCUGGAGCUGUUAUUUCUGGGACAAGUUGAUUAGUCUGUAUUUUGGGCGCUCGCCUAUACUGCAGAACUCGGAGAUCAGUCCGCCGAGGGUGUUGAUGGACGACACGGCGGAAAUCGAGCCCUGGACGCCCCACGGCCUCCCCUCGACAACCUACCGCCCCAAGCAAGCACACUCCAUCUCCUGCUUCAUUCAGAUGUGCGCGCUCGCUGAGAUCCUGAAUGAGAUCUUGAUAAACUUGCACAACCCCUCGAGGGAGCUGCCCCGGUCGCAGGCGUACAAGUGCGCGGACGCGCAAAGCGGGAAGCUGAGAGAUUGGUGGAGAGAUCUGCCAGAGCACUUGAAGAUCAAUGUUUCGGACGCCGAGCUGGAGUGUCCACCGAGUCACAUCGUGACGCUGAACUGCCUCUUCCACACCAUCAACAUCCUGACGAACCGCGCAAAGCUAAAGUUGAGUCGCGAGCCAGGCCUGGCGGGUCAGACGGCAGAAGACAAUCCACUAGUCCAGUGCAUGUCCUCCGCGACAUCCAUAAUCACCCUGUUCAACCUGUACACGCGCACCUUCGGCGACGGCCACGUAGUUUUGAGCCUAGCCUACAGCGUCUACACCGCAGCGUCGAUCUUUCUGCUCGAAGUGCAGGCGCUGGGCCAGGCGGCGCCCAGCACGCUGGAGCGGCUUGCGUUCUGUGUGGGAGCGCUGGAUCGCCUGAGAGUCACGAGUCCUGUCAUCGCAACAGCCUCCGACCUCAUAGCGCGCGAGCUCACCGCCCUUGGCAUCCAUACCAUGCCUAUGCUUUCCUCUCCAUCGAACCCCAGCGCAGGCGAAAACCCUUCGGCCCACACACACCCGGGCCUACCUCUCCCCAUGGACGCCUCAACGACGUUGAACACGUUUCCAACAGCCCAUGGACCAUCCAAUCGACCGGGACCUACCGCUAGUUUGGAUAAUCCAUAUCUGGGCGGCGAGAUGGACGACGGACUGGGGUUCAAUCUGCUCGACAUGUCGAGCGAGAUGUACUCGACGUUUUCGCAGAUUGAGCCGAUCAGCGUGACGAUGAACCCGGGGUUUGACAUCUUCUAA